GAGCAGAGCUGGGUGAGGGUCCUGGGAGCCCUGGACCUGGGCGACGAGACCUCAGCUCUGCCGAUUCUGCCGCGCUGAAAGCCGCUAUGGAGAGCCGGUGCUACGGCUGCGCUGUCAGGUUCACCCUCUUCAAGAAGGAGUAUGGCUGUAAGAAUUGUGGCCGGGCCUUCUGUUCUGGCUGCCUCAGCUUCAGGGCAGCAGUACCUCGGACUGGAAACACCCAACAGAAAGUCUGCAAGCAGUGUCACGAGGUACUGACCAGCGGCUCUUCUGCCAAUGACUCCAAGUGGUCACCACCUCAGAACUAUAAGAAGCGUGUGGCAGCCUUGGAAGCCAAGCAGAAGCCCAGCACUCCCCAGAGCAAGGGACUGACCCAACAAGACCAAGUCAUAGCUGAGCGCCUAGCACGGCUUCGCCAGGAGAACAAGCCCAAGUUAGUACCCUCGCAGGCAGAGAUAGAGGCACGGCUGGCUGCACUGAAGGAUGAACUCCAGGGCUCCAUCCCUUCUACCCAGGAGAUGGAAGCACGGCUUGCCGCAUUGCAGGACAGAGUUCCACCUUCUCAGACCCCCCAGCCGGCACAUCAGACACCAGACACCAGGACCCAGGCCCAGCAGGCACAGGAUCUGCUAACGCACCUGACAGCUGAGGUGGCUAUUGAUGAAAGCUUGGAACGAAGAGGCCCAGUCCUUCCAGCUGCCUCUCUCCAGAAUGACCUGAGCCAGGGUGGCCCAGGGAGCCAGAGCACUAAUUCCAAGGGGCAGACCAGCUGGUCCCUGGACAAGGAGAAAAGCAGAUUGCUGGCUGAGGCAGCAGUUGAGCUUCGAGAGGAGAACACAAGGCAGGAGCGGAUCCUGGCACUUGCCAAGCGGCUGGCCGUGCUUCAGGGACGAGACCCUGAUAGAGUGACCCUCCAGGACUAUCAUCUCCCAGACAGUGAUGAUGAUGAGGAUGAGGAGACAGCCAUCCAGAGAGUCCUGCAGCAGCUCACUGAAGAAGCUGCCCUGGAUGAGGCAAGUGGCUUUAACAUCCCUGCGGAACCAGCUCCCCGACCCCGGGCCCAAGCCCACAGGGCAGAGCCUGAGGCCCAUGCUGUGGACCCCAGGCCUGAGGCCGAGGAAGAGGAGCUCCCCUGGUGCUGCAUCUGCAAUGAAGAUGCCACCCUGCGCUGUGCUGGCUGUGACGGAGACCUCUACUGUGCCCGCUGCUUCCGGGAGGGCCAUGAUGCCUUUGAUCUUAAAGAGCACCAGACAUCUGCCUACCGCCCCCUGCACUUAAGCUGAGAGCACUGAGGAAACUGGUCCUCCCAGUGAGGCAGUCCCACAGGCUUGGCACCGACCUCUGGGCCCAGCCUCAGGGCGUCCAGUGGGAGAGCAUGUCUGGCUGUACUGCUGAAGGCUCCUGAGCCUUCGCAUCCCUGGAAAGAGGAAAGAGUCUCCAUUUGAGACGAUGACUGGAGGAACCAGGGGAAGGAAAAGUAGGGGCCCUCCUACUAGAAGCCCAGAUGGGGAAUGAGAAGCAUGAUGGGGAAAGAUAGACUGAUCUAAGAUGAGCCCUGUAGCCUCGCUCAGGGCCCAGGACCCUCUCCUGGCUCUUAGUGGAUCUAAUAAAGUAUCUGCUUUAUUGGUUCA